AUGGCAACGAAUUCGAAUCCAGAGGCCGGCGAGCCGUCAAUGCCAGGCAUGAUCCAGCCCACGAGCGAAACACAACCAGAAGCAUCCUCCUCAUCAACAUCAGAACCAGCACCAGCGUCAGCUUCCCCACCUCCCAGAAAGUGCGCGCAUUGCGGCAAGCUAGAAACCAACCCCGGAGAACGAUCCGGAGAUAAGCCACCCGUCCAGCUGAAGCCUUGUCCCAAGUGCCACACGGCGCUGUACUGUUCCCGUGACUGCCAAAAAGCAGCGUUCAAGCAGCACAAGAAGACGUGCGCGGCCGAUGCGCAGGAGUAUGCGAAGACGGCGAAUCUGAAGAUGGCGGCGCCGGCUGGGCCGAAGAAGGAUGGGUGGAGGGGUGGGUUGCAGAAAUGGCAGUUUGACACGUGA